AUGCCUGAUUCUAAACCAGCUCCCGCAAAGGUCCCCAAGGAUAUACUUAAGGCUGAAGUAAAAAAUGCCUUAAAUGAAGAAUACAAAGACUCCGGCAAAAAAGUCACGGAUUCAGCUAUCGAUGCGGUUUUUCAAUUCUUCGAUUACAACAAUGACAAGAAGCUCAGUGUUGGUGAAUUUAUCGACUUUGAUAUGGUAUUGGAUGCGGUGGCUUUUAACUAUCAAUCAGCUAUUGUGAUUUAA